AUGAUCUUCGUCGACGGGCUUCCUCUCCCCCCUUUCGAUUGCGAGCUCUCCUCGGAGGUAUCGCUGUCGAUCUCUACCUCUAUCUCACCAUCCAUUGGUUUUUCGGCAGCACGCGUUCGUGACGCAAUAUCUUCCUGUGCUGGGAAUUCACACGUUGAAUAUGCAAUAGCAGGGGUAUCGGACCUUGAAAUCGCUGUUGGAGCACCCGUCGCUUGUCUCCGCUUCGGACCGGCUGAAAGCCAUGCCGGAGAGAAAAUUAUCAUCUGUCUCCGAGGAUUCCACUGCAGAGAGGUCGGUGCCACCUUUUAAGCACGUCUACGUGUUCCAGAGAGAAUAUGCAACAGUCGACCCUGGCCUCGUUGAGGUGAGGUUUUGUGGUGGAGAAGGUUAUUAUUAUUUUUUUUCGACACGUUGACGUCCGAAUUUUAUCAGAGAAGUUUUGUGUGCCUGUGAAAACUGGAAUGCGAACUUUCAUUUUAACGCCGAGAAUCUCAUUGCCUACGCCAUUCAAAAAGAAGAGUAGGUGUGGUUUGAGAGCUCUCCGCCAUUACUUGUUCUUCCAUGGCUGGAGAGCUCUCGAGCAAUUAAAUUUUGACAAUGUGAAAUCAGAAUUCCUUUUUUCUAAUCAAUAUUUCUCAACCCAUAAUUUUGGUGCGUACAUAGUUUGCCGCGCCAUUCCCUCUGCACACAUGAGUUAGAAUCACUUAGAUAGUAAGUACGAGAUGUAACGUUCUAGGGAAAGCUUUGUCAUCCAAGAGAUUGAACGCGCUUGUAUGCUGCUUUAUGUGGAGAUUAGAAAAGGAAAACUUGAAGGUUUCGCACUGGUAAUGCAUUGGUAGAGAAAUUUUCUAUUAUCACAUCAAGCUAUCUUCUUACCCUCUUUUUAUCUCUCCAUCCGAAAGCUAGCUGGGACGGACGAAGCAACUACGUGCGUGGGUUUUGUCAUUCGCAACCGGGACAGUGGAAUGUAUGAAUUAGGGAUUAAAGCUAAUAGUUUUAAUUUUUAUAUCUGUAUGAUUUUGCCAUUGAUUCUUCUCUUAUUAGUAUGUGUUCUCAGGAUCUCAAUUGCUCAUCUGGAUUCUGCAAGAGUCGUGGAUUUAGGCCUUGAUCAAAUGCUAUCCUCCCUUGUUCACGGUGAAGUGGGUGUGCUUGAUGUCAGUCUCUCUUCCUCGUGCUUGGCAUGUGUGUAUAAUUUAUGUCAAAAAUUUAAAAAAUAUUUUAAUGAGUUUUAAUGUACGAUUUCACAGGUUCAUCUUAUCGGUGGCUUUCAAGAUGCACCUUACAGUGUUCGCACUUGAUCUCUUGCCAUGUGUUUUCUUUUUCUUUCAUUUUUCUAAUCAUUGCUUUAGGAGAAGUAAUGAAUGAAGUCAAGCUUGGAGAUCAAUUUUUCAUGCAGGAUUCCACUGAGAACAAUGCGAUCCGUGUUGAUAAAGAAGUUGGCCAUUCGUUUCCAUUAUGUUCCAAAAUCAUUGAAGCUUUGAAGAGCCGGAGUGAACAGUUUCAUAUCAAGACCUUGUGUGUCCUUGGACAUAAUACGAAAAGGGAUUCGCAUGGAAAUUCUUUCCCCAUCAUCAGUGGCUUUUUGGUCGGCUAUUUAUUCCUUAGCUUUCAUUUUUUGUUGUUGAAAGAUAAAAUUUUCGUUAGAUAAAUAUUUUUAUUGACAAUAAGGAUAUAUUGUUGCAGCAGCUUUUCUCAUCACACUAUUUUUGUAUUGUCUUAUUCAUUUGAUGCAUAUUUUCUAUUCUGUUAUCCUCCUAGAAUAAUGUAACAUGGCUGGUAAAAACACCAAUAAAAUAAAAUAAAAUCCCAUAGUAGCACGCAUACCCAUUUUCAGAGUCGAAAGUCGUAUGGAAAUAAAUUUAUGAACAGUGAUAUAUUUUUUUCAUUUAUUUAUGGUUCCGACAAUAUCAAAAUUUUUAUUGCUAUAAUGUAAAGCUCAUAGCACGCAGAUUUAUUACUAUAUAGCUCCCCAAAAAAAAAAUGUUAACCUUCAGAAGCUUUGAAAGAUAGCCUUGAUGCAAUUUAGCCCUCAAAUUUAAAUAGCUUGAGCACUAAUAAGAAAAGUCCUCUUUGCACUUGCAGAAAUUUGCAUUAAUUUCUAUAGAUAAUUUAGAGAGUCAGAGGAGUCGUCAAGGGUUAAGUUUGGGGUUGAUUCCUUAAUUAUCGGAUUGUAUGAUUGCUAGAAAGCUGUUCUUUUUUUUUUGGCAAACACGCUGGCAGACAGAUACAGGUAAAAAUGUGUGAGAGCUGAACAUCAACCUCUUGCAGCAAAACAAAGAAGAUGGGUUGACCUAGAUGACCAGCCACGCCACAUGAAAUUUUUGAGCACUGAUUUUAUAAAGAGGAGUCAACUUGUUUAGGGAAAGGGUCAAAUUCCAAAAUGUUGUUUUCCAUAAGGUGCAUGAAAAUUACAAGGAGGGGAGGACCUGCUUGAGAAGGCACAUAGUUGAAAACGCUAGGGAGUUCAUCAUAUCAACUAGACUGAAAACGAUUUCGAUAAACUAAAAAAAUAAAAUUACUUGGCGUUUUUUCAUUUUCAAAAACAUACUAAAAGGUAUAAUUUCCAGCUGAAAUUAUUGUUAUUUUUGGGCAACACGAUAGCGUUGUGUUUUCCCCUUGAACACUAAUUUAUGUGCUUCCUCUCUAGAAAUAUAAAUGUCCAUUAAUGUGUCAUAAAUCUCAUCUAUGGUCAUCGUCCAUUGCAUAAAACAGCACAGGAACGUGAAGUUUCUAUUUAUGGGCCGUAUUCUUUAUUUUCCAUUAAAUCAUGGUAUUGGGUUCUGAAGCCUAGAAAAAAAAAUGGUCGUGGCCUUCAGGUAGAUACGUCUUCUGGAUCAGUCAUGCCAGCGAGCUUUGACCGGAGUUCGAGGUGUCCAGAUGAAAUCGUCAGAAGGGUUCGUGUGACUGUAUCCUCUGGGGACCCCCGUUGGAAAGGGAAGUUGAUGGACACAUACGAUACUUCUUGCGACAGAUUUCUAAUCGCUCCUUGCUCAUGGUACAUUCAUUCACCCAAUCCUUGUUCUUAUUUGGCAAUUUUUUUUUCGAGUAAAUGAACUUCAGCUUCGUGUUUUCUUUCUUCAAUUGUUUACUACCUUGUGGUUCACAAUGCCAGCUAAAUCACAUCUAUUUCGGGAAAUAUUAAUUUUAAUUUUUUAAAUUGUUUCUAUCAGUCGAAAAAUACUGAUUUUAUGAUGAACAUAUCCAUUAUUAGAAUCAAUUUUGCCAUUCCGAUUCAUUAUUUGCGCUAUCUUUGUUAAAUAUCCAUAUUCCCGUCAUUAUUAUUUUUUGGAAAAAUCCAUUAUUACGAAGCUUUUUUCUCCUAGAUAUACAUUAAAUAUGAAGAAUCUUGGGGAAAAAAAAAGAGCAGCACUGUCCCUGGGGGACGGACGUUGUGAGAUAAGAGGGGGUAGAACAUGAGUAACCAUUAAACUUCCUUUUUCGUCUUAAGUUCUGUCCAACCAUUGGCUCUUGACAUCAUCUGGUCAACCGUAUGUGAUCUUCCCUUGCCUUCUCACCUUCCUAACGUUGCAGGUCCUUGGGUUGGGCGCCCUUUGCUUCUGAGCUGCUGCAGCUUCCCGAUUCAGAAAUCCUCUCCCAAUGCUCCACGUCGCCCCUUGCUGAGAGCCCUGAUUUUGUCGAUAAUGAACGAAGGUCAGCUCAUUCUCUUGGUAAUCCGCUGAACGCUGAUUGGCUAAGAUUCUAUCGCUUUCCCAAAGUUUCAAAGUUAUGUUUUUUCCUCAAUUAAAGGAGGAAUAAACCAAGAAAGGAAAGACGGGAGAAAUCAUGGGUGGGGAUAGAAAGUUGACUUUCUUUGUUCUUUCUGCUACCAUAGAGCAAAGUAAAACAAUUUCAGGUGGUUCAUGGGGGGGGGAGAUUUUUCCGCCGUUGACUUCUUUUGUGUUCUUCAGCGGCUCUUAUGGCCAGAUAUCCGCCAUGAGAGGAUUCUAAUCCAUUUUUGUUUCCCCCUUUGGCAGGGUAUUUAAUUACUUGAUUGAGAACCCCGGUUGGAGGUUGACUUUUUAUAAGGGCAGGCCUCGGAUCUUUGAGAGGGCGCCCAGCGUGGGAUGGACGAGGCGCAGCUAG